AUGGAAAUCACAAACCCCCGCCGUAUCCUGGCGAUAUCGCUAGAAAGCGAGGCGGAGCUGCUCAGCAGGUUCGUCAAGGACCUGACCGGCACCCACCCGACGCCGCUGCCGACAGCACCGCCGGAAGGAGGAGAAGAAGAAGAAGGCGGGGAAAGCAGCAGCAGCGGCAGCGGCCUGGCGGGCACGACGCACGCCCUGACGCUCAAGACGGCCUACUACAGCGCCGAGGUGCCCGUGUGGCUCGACACGCCGGCCGCGCCGGGCGAGUGGGCCGACACGUUCCUCAGCGCCGAGGCGAGGGAGGUCCUGAGCGUGCUGGGCGGGAUCGCCAUCGUCUUCUCGCUCAAGGGGGAAAAGGAGGUGGGUGGCGGCAAGGGGCGGCGGGAGCUCGUCGAGGCGGUGGGGAGGGUGGUGAGGGAGGGCCUGGGCGGCUGGGAGUGGGACGGAGUCGGGCUUGCUGUCGGCUUCGGCGAGGUCGGGCCUGAUGCCGGUGACGUGCUCGGCGACUGGGAAGAGGCUUGUGGCGAGGCCGGGUUGGAGUUUGUGCAUGCGAGGAGCGGUGGUGGGGGGGAUAAAGGGAGGAAUGAGUUUGGCGAAAAGACCGGCAUUCCGCGAGUGCUGGAGGCGCUGCAGUCCAACGACUGGGCCCUCGAUCUGGAUGCGGAUGGCCUGGGGCUGGGGGACGACGAUGACGACGAUGACGAUUUUAUGGGCCAGGAAUCUUCGGACGAGUUUGGUGACUUUGAAAAGGCAGCAAGCGGUGCAGCCAAGAGGAGGAAGAGCACUGACCUGGACCCGGCGAGCCUGAGUUUCGGCUUUGACAAGGCCGACUUUGAGGGCCUCAAGCAUGCCAUCUGGAGUUCAGGGGUCGAUACUGAGGCGGACGCCGAAGACAAAAGGAUAGCGGACGAGGCUCCUUCGCUUCAGGAGUCGAGCCAGUCACAGAAAGACGCGACAGACAAUUCAGGUUCAUCAUCGGGAGAAGGGCACAAUGCAAAGGAUCCCCAAAGCCUGGAGACAGAGGACGACAUCGGGAAAGAGGACGUCGAGAAGGUCGAGGCCAUGAUGCGCAAGCUACUUGCGGUCCGAGAAAUGGGUGCUAGUUUACCAGAGGAACAGAGGAAAAGAUUGGCUGCCAGAGCUGUGGGCGAGGUCAUGCGGGAUCUUUGA